GCAGUGCGCAGGCGUCAUUGCCCUCCCUUCCUCGCCCGCUUUCCGCAACACCUGACGUCUGCGCACGAAGUUGGGUGGGUGUAUUGUGGCUGCCGAACUGGUCCCGGCGCCGCGCGGUCUGCGGGCGUUCCUGUGGCGCGCGCCGCCGCCGGGUGGUCGCAUCGAGGUGCAGGCAGGCCUCAGGCCGGCGGCGCGGCUGUGCCUCGUGGUUCACCGGACCCGAGGUCCGUGAGCCGCCGCGAUGUCGAUCUUCACCCCCACCAACCAGAUCCGCCUGACCAAUGUGGCCGUAGUACGGAUGAAGCGAGCCGGGAAGCGCUUCGAAAUCGCUUGCUACAAAAACAAGGUCGUGGGCUGGCGGAGCGGCGUGGAAAAAGACCUUGAUGAAGUUCUGCAGACCCACUCGGUGUUUGUAAAUGUCUCUAAAGGUCAGGUUGCAAAGAAGGAAGAUCUCAUCAGUGCAUUUGGAACAGAUGACCAGACGGAAAUCUGUAAGCAGAUUUUGAAUAAAGGAGAGGUUCAAGUGUCAGAUAAAGAACGGCACACACAGCUGGAGCAGAUGUUUAGGGACAUUGCAACUAUUGUGGCUGACAAAUGUGUGAACCCUGAAACAAAGAGACCGUACACCGUUAUCCUUAUUGAGAGAGCCAUGAAGGACAUCCACUAUUCGGUCAAACCCAACAAGAGUACAAAACAGCAGGCUUUGGAAGUGAUAAAGCAGUUAAAGGAGAACAUGAAGAUAGAACGCGCUCACAUGAGACUUCGGUUCAUUCUUCCAGUGAAUGAAGGGAAGAAGCUGAAAGAAAAACUCAAGCCCCUGAUCAAGGUUAUAGAAAGUGAAGACUACGGUCAACAGUUAGAAAUUGUGUGUCUCAUUGACCCCGGCUGCUUCCGAGAAAUCGAUGAGCUCAUAAAAAAGGAGACAAAAGGCAAAGGCUCUUUGGAAGUACUCAAUCUGAAAGACGUGGAGGAAGGGGAUGAGAAAUUUGAGUGACAGUCGUCAGUCUCUUCAGCUGUCAAACACUAAAGCGUUUUCAUUUCCCACGACCCUGUUUUUUUUCUGUAAUCUGCCAAGUACUUGCUCAGACAAGUUGACAUUUUCCAUCUUUGUGGCAAACGUGUGCACAAAAAGACUUAACUAAGUAAGUAUUACAAUGUGGGAUUAAUUUAGUUUUAAUUAUAAAAUGGGGUUUUAGGCAGAAGUAUUCAAGAUACAAAGGCCAGAGUAGCAUUUUGUUAUUGCCUUAUGCCUUUGUAGCUUUCCAGGAUGAAAGUUAUUUAAAACAACUCUUGUGGAUAAGAAGUAAAUUUUGUACGUUAUAAGAAAAUAACUUUGGGAGGAUAUAUCUGUAUGAUAGAAAGGGAGGAUUUGCCAGAAAAGAAAACAUAUACUGUCUUAUUUCUACUUAGUGAAAUGUGUGUAUGGGGUAACUGUGUCGUGACCUAGUAUAAACUUGGAUGGUGACUUCCUGAUUUUCUGAAAAAUAGGAAUAUGAUGACUGUGCAGGACUUCAGUAAUAUUCAUCAAAUAUGCUGCCAUAACCUAGAUUAUUCUUGGUGGAAAAAUAAAUAAAUAGUCAUUUAUUUCUAAUUCUUCAAGUUUAUAAUAUAUAUUACUAGAGCUGAAAAUUAUGUAAUCAAUAAAACCACUGUUUAUUUUUGUUGAA